UCAGUAGUACUGCAGCUGUUAUGCUAACGCGCCAUAGGAUCCGUAAUUGCUAUUCUCUUUAUUUUUAUAAAACCCCGAAACAGGUGUUUCCGAUUGAUCCGACUCUCUGAUUGAAUUAGGGCAGAAUCGGAUACACGAAAUGGGGCGCAGGAAGGUGGAGGUGAAGCGAAUCGAAGACGAGAAAACCAGGCAAGUGACUUUCUCGAAGAGGCGAAGCGGACUGUUCAAGAAGGCUCGGGAGCUGGCCGUUCUCUGCGACGUCGACGUCGCUCUCUUCGUCUUCUCCAGACGCGGCAAGAUCUACGAGUUCUGCAGCGGUGACAGUUUGGCCAAGAUACUAGAGCACUACCGAAGUCGGAAUGACGAAGCAGCUGAGACUGUCAAUGCUCAGAGGGAUGCAGAAGCGGGCAGACAUCUCCAGGGGCCUGAUAUAGGUCAAAUGAGCGUGACAGAACUUGUGCAGCAAGAGAAACAACUUGAUGACGCAUUGGCACAAACCAAAUAUAGAAAGGACCAACUGAUGAUGGAGUCUGUAAUGAACAUCAAUGAAAAGAGUAUGCAAUUCGUCCAUGAAGAGGAUUACUUGCUACCAGAAGAAAAUGAUUUUCUUGAGAGUGAGAUGAUGGCACUGAAGCAGAGUAUGGAGAAUCCAAAUGAGGGGCAGCAAGAUUUUGGUGAAACUUCAGGCAACCAUCCGAUUAAUUCUCAACAGGAACAGGCUGCAGAUCAUCCGCCUGAAUAGGCAGUUAGGCUGCACUAUGUGUUAAAUAGCUGUAGUGGUGAGUGGUGACCAACAGGAGUUUUGCCUCUUGCUUACGAACUCUCCAACAAGCUACGCUUCAUUAGCUUCAGUAAGGAUCAUGCCUGCAGCAAAUUACGCAUGUUGUGUCAGCGAUAAAAAAGGCUUAAAACUCUUGUUCGUCUUCUAUAGAUAUUCAGCAUAUGCGCGUUCGGGUAUAUCUGUAGUGUGUAAUAUGGUUGAGUUGCAUGGCGGUGAUUCUGUAAUUACCCGUCCCUCCCUACCAUCUCUGGACUAAUGUAGUAUUCCUAAACACAAGUGUGUUGCAUGAUGUUUGUGUGGUAGAAUGUUGUAUAAUGCUGUAUAUUGUAUACCUCAACAAUGGAGGAUCUACAGAGGUUGAUUCAGUCAAGACUUGUCCAUGUAGCCUUAAUUUCUACAAUCCUAUGGUGUAGAAGUGGUUGAAGACUGAAAAGGGUUUAUGGAGGUAAAACACUUAUUUAA